AUGGAAAAACAUCAACGCAUCGUUAUCAUUGGAGCCGGCGCCUUUGGUCUCAGCACCGCCCUGAGAUUGAAGGAAGAAGGCUACGAGUCCGUCACCAUUCUAGACAGAUCAGUCCCUCCAGUUCCAGAUGGAUCCAGCAAUGAUAUCUCACGCAUCAUCCGAUUUGACUACGGAGAUUCAAUUUAUGCUAAUAUCGCCAAAGAAGCGUUUGAACUAUGGAAGACCCCCGUUUACCAGGAAGCAUUCCAUCAAACGCCUUGCUUGUGGGUCUGUCAAGAGAGCACACCAGAACAACCAGUACAGCCUCGAGUCCAGGAUCACAGCAGUAAGACCAAGCGUGUCUUGACUGAAAUGGGUCAAGAAUGGAUUCCGCUCAGCAGCGUGGAGGAAGCCAAGCAACAUUUCCCAAAAUUGACCGGCCGACUUGCUACUCCUGGCUUUGAUGGAUUUUAUAACACUUCCGCUGGAUGGGCUGAUGCAGGCCUGGCUUGUGCCCGUCUCAUGUCUCGCUGUGAAUCUGCCGGUGUGUCUUUCAUCACUGGUCCGAACGGGCAAGUUGAAGAGUUUGAAAAGAACCCUGACGGGAACAUCAAAUCCGUUCGUACUAAAAAUGGACGACUUGAAGGCGAUCAAUUCAUUGUUGCCACGGGUGCCUGGACUUCAAGCCUCAUUCCAACGUGGAACUCUAUGCUUGCUGCCGGUCAGGUUGUAGGAUAUCUACGCCUCACCCCCGAGGAAGUCGCGGAGCUCAAAGAUCUUCCUAUCUACUUCAACUUUUCCACCGGUUUCUUCGCUUUCCCUCCUCACGAGCCAACUGGGUAUCUGAAGGUUGCUUGUCAUGGGUUUGGUUACACUCGUGCUGAGCCUUCUGUCACAUCCGCGCCCCCCAGCUCUGUGGUGGCCUCACGAGCUAACUACAUCCCUGCGGAUGGGCUGAAGCGCCUCACAGCUGGAAUGACGGAUCUUUUCCCACAGUUAGCACCAAGAGGAUUCGAAAAGGUCGGAAUCUGCUGGUAUAACGACACUCCGACCGGCGAUUUCAUCUUUGACUAUCACCCGGAACAUAGGAACCUGUUCAUUGCCACUGGAGGAAGCGGACAUGGUUUCAAAUUUUUACCAGUAAUCGGCAAGUACAUCGUAGGAAGCUGGCAACGCAAGCUCUCUGAUAAAUUGCUCACCAAGUGGAAAUUCCCUACCCAAUUUCGCGAGCGUUUCCAAGGAGAGGCAUUUGCAGGAGAUGGCAGCCGUGGGGGGCCAGAGCGAAGGGAGCUGACGGCCCAAGAGCUCAAUACAUUUGACACGGCAUUGAAGGCUGCUUCUGCUGUAUCCCGGCAAAGCAAGAUUUGA